UGGACAGUUGGAUUCUCCCUCUCUCAAUCCUCUCGAGUCUGUGAUAUAGAAAAUCGACGUUCACGCACAAAAUCGUCAACAUGCUGCUUCAAACCUGUACACUUUUCGCGCUCGUGGCAGGCACGACCGUCUCCGCAGUGUGUACCGGUACCGAUACGAACAAGUGGGGUCCCUACUGGUCCGUGUUCCACGGAGCAUCGGUCAAGUGGGGAGGCGACCAGCCCGGUCAGCCGCUGACUGGUCCCUUGGAACCUCCGUUUCCAGUCGACGGCUAUGUCCCGUGCGCCGACGCUUGUCAAUUCGACAACGAAUGCCACGGAUUCGAGUUGUACGACGGGAAAUGUCACAAGUAUAGUGUGUUGGCACACAAAAUCGAUGCUGGGCAAGGAAUUGUCGGGUUGCAAGGCGGAAAAGGCAAUAAUGGUAUUGAUAUCAAUACCUGUCAUAAGGCGGUAGCCAUGAAAAUCGCUUCGGAAGAUCAAGAGUGUUGCGAGAUCUAUUACAGCUGGCGGGAGGGAGGCGCCGGAAAGCCAGAGGGUGGAUUAUCGGAGCUCGGUGACGGCACGCGUGUGUAAUGCCUGUGACAUGUUCACGUAUCAUGAUAUAUAGCGUGGCUAUCACUCACCUCCCCACAACUACAAGAUCUAGCUUCUUACGCGAAGGGAGAAGACAAUGAGCAUAUAUCGCGCCCAUAUCGGGAGCCCAUACCUAUAG